UUACGUCAGCGCCUGUGCUGCUUAUGUCGAACGGGGCAGGGGUCAGAGGAUGAUGCUAUCGAAUCGAGCAAACAUCGCGUGUAGGGCUAAAUCUCACAUCGGCGGCUUUGGGUGUCUUGAAAUCCGGAUGCACAUGCUUAUCGCCCUAAACACGAGACGUCGUGUUGGUAACGUCCAAAAAUCGCCAAAACUCUCACAAGUGCGAUGUGGUAGGAAAGGAGCGGUGCCGACACUAAGAAAUGGGCAGGAGAGGGCAGGACUGCUGGGUAAUACUGACUUGCUGAGAGCUCAUCUCGAACUUGCGGACGACCUUGAUGGCCACCUCGCCCCAUUGCCCGGUGGUAUCUCGUGCUCGGUAUACGUUGCUGAAGGCGCCGUCGCCCAUCUUCUCAAGAAUCUGCCAUCGUUCAAGACCAGGGUACUUGGGCAGCUUGCCCUUUGCCUCACGUUCCUCGGCAACAAUGCGCUCCAAAACCUCAGGAUCAACUCCCUUACCCUGCUUGGCGGCUUCCUGCUUCUGCCUCUUAUCGGCUGCUCGGUCUGCUGCGGCUCCGGCCUGUGCUGCGAUGUUGCGGUUGUCGCCCCCAGCAGCGACAGAAUAAUCACCGUGGGGAGCAGCUGCAUGAUGCAGCGGCUUGUGAUCCAUUACCGGCUCUGAUAUUCCAUGAUGGACAGGCUCUGCUCGAUGUUGCUGUGCGUGGACAGGCGAAACGCUUGAUGUUGGCUCGGCAUUUUGGCGUGCCUGCUUGCCAUGACGCAAGAAGUUCUUAAAGUUCUGUAUCGCAGCCAUGCUUAGU